AUGUGUGCCGGACAAAUAUUGACCUUGCCCGCCGAGUUAUUGGAUCAACACACUGUCCGUGCCACACCACGCCGCCGCCAGCCAGCCAGGGGCGUCGUGUUACUGGUUCUUCGUCUUGUCCAAGUUGCUUUGUCGGCUCUUCCCCCGCAGUUCAAAGCGCAGCCCGGAUCGUUCGAUCAUCCCCGGAGUCAUCAAAAACACGCCGACGGUUCUUACCAGGCCCGUGUACACGGGUUCGGCGCUGCCCAUCCCUCUGAUAAAAGCACGCUGGCACACAGCCGGCCGGCCGAUGUGACCUUGGGCCCCGAACCCCCAUGA